CCGAUUGGCGGGUCCCGCUGACCACUCAGAGGAGGCCCAGGCGCCUGUGGAGCCCCGGGAGUCGAGCUGAGCUUAGCCGAGCGCGGUGGUCGGCGGCCGGGCCUGGAGCCCGCCGGCGCCCCGGAGCACUGCCGACGCAGGCCUGCAGGGGGCCGCCCGCGCGGGAAUGGCGCUGCCGGGAGCGGGCGUCCCCGGCUCCGGGCCCUUCCGGGGGCCAUGCCAGCUGGGGGGCGCAGCGCCCCUGCUCCCACGGCCGGGGCCCGGGCCCUCGGCCCCGGUGUGGAGGCGGCGGGCUGGCCUGCCACGCGUGCCGCGCCGUCCAGUCUUCUAGGUUCUCCAGAGAGAAGCUUACUGUGAACAGGAUUCUAGAUUGGAAGGACUAUGGAGCAGUAUACAACAAACAGCAAUAGUUCAACAGAGCAGAUUGUUGUACAGGCUGGACAGAUUCAGCAACAGCAGCAGGGUGGUGUCACUGCUGUCCAGUUGCAGACUGAGGCCCAGGUGGCAUCGGCCUCAGGCCAGCAAGUCCAGACCCUCCAGGUAGUCCAGGGUCAGCCAUUAAUGGUACAGGUCAGUGGAGGCCAGUUAAUCACAUCAACUGGCCAGCCAAUCAUGGUCCAGGCUGUUCCUGGUGGACAAGGUCAAACCAUCAUGCAAGUACCUGUCUCUGGGACACAGGGUUUGCAGCAGAUCCAGUUGGUCCCACCUGGCCAAAUCCAAAUCCAGGGUGGGCAGGCUGUGCAGGUGCAGGGGCAACAGGGCCAAACCCAGCAGAUCAUCAUCCAGCAGCCCCAGACCGCUGUCACUGCAGGCCAGACCCAGACACAGCAACAGAUUGCAGUGCAGGGGCAACAAGUGGCCCAGACUGCUGAAGGGCAGACCAUCGUCUAUCAGCCAGUAAAUGCAGACGGCACCAUUCUCCAGCAAGUUACAGUCCCUGUUUCAGGCAUGAUCACCAUCCCAGCAGCCAGUUUGGCAGGAGCACAGAUUGUUCAGACAGGAGCCAAUACUAACACGACCAGCAGUGGACAAGGGACUGUCACUGUAACACUUCCUGUAGCAGGCAAUGUGGUCAAUUCAGGAGGAAUGGUCAUGAUGGUGCCUGGUGCUGGCUCAGUACCUGCUAUCCAACGAAUCCCUCUACCUGGUGCAGAAAUGCUUGAAGAAGAGCCUCUCUAUGUGAAUGCCAAACAGUACCACCGUAUACUAAAAAGGAGGCAAGCCCGGGCUAAAUUAGAGGCAGAAGGAAAAAUUCCAAAGGAAAGAAGGAAAUACCUACAUGAGUCUCGGCACCGUCAUGCCAUGGCACGGAAGCGUGGUGAAGGGGGAAGAUUUUUCUCUCCAAAGGAAAAGGAUAGUCCCCAUAUGCAGGAUCCAAACCAAGCAGAUGAAGAAGCAAUGACACAGAUCAUCCGAGUGUCCUAACCCUGGGGCCCAUGAUGAAACCGGAUCAAGUUCCUGUUUCUCACACUGCUUCCUACCGUUCCAGGAAACUGAUCGACUGCCAGCAGAACAUUGACGAUCACAUUCUGCCCUUUUUUACAGGACAGAAAACACUUAGUUUUUAAUAAGUGGCUAAGUAUUAUAACUGCAGUGAUGUCUAGCAAAUUGAAGUUGGCAAGCCUUUGUCUCACUCUUUGAGUCAGGACUUACUUCAGAGUGUUGAUGACAUUGACAUUUCAUGGAUUAGGAUGAUGAAAAGGGACCCAUGUCAAGCCAGCAGUACCAUACAUAGCACUUACAUUGACUGGUGAAGCCAGCCAGCCAUUUCAGCGGGCGGGGGGGUCGGGGCGGGGAAUAAACCUUCUCAGCCUAACCUGCAAUCAGGGAAGAUACAGCCCACUCCUUCCCUUGGAAUCUAUAAACAUCAUCUGUCCCUCCAAUGGGGGGGCUCUCAGGCUGACGAACUGAACUGAACUGAAUGGACAGUUUGUAUUCAGAGAUCGCUUCCAGGGAAGGGAAUUUAUCUCAUGAAAACAAUAAAUUAUCUUAGAUAUAUUCAUUUAAUCUGUGGUACUAAUAAUAAUCUGUCUGCCCAGAUGAUAGGGUGGUAAUUUUGGACUCCAGCCAAGAAUAUGUUAACUCUGAGGGGAGAAUGAAUGAUAAAAGACUCAAGCACUAAAAAUAGAAAUCACUUAAUCUCACUUUUUUCUCUUUUUUUUCUUUCUCCCUUUUUUUUUUUUUUUUUUAAGCUUUGAUGAGUUGUGACUUGUCUCUAAACAGGUCAUUUGGACCAUAGUUCUUGCUGUGGAAACAUUCAAGAAAAUUUAGAGGAUAUUGAACCAUUAGUAAAGAGCAAAACCAUGUUUAAGUGCUGAGCACAUUUGUAGUAACUCUUAAACAGAGACCCAAACUAGAGAUUUCAAUCACAGACUCUGUGACAGCAUUAGGGAAUCGAUGGGUUCAUGGGUUUAGAUGGGUUCAGUUUAGAAAAGAGAGUAGUUAUAAAUGCCUAUAUGUUGUCAUAGCAUUAUUCUCCCAGUUAGUUGAUGCCUGGAUUGGAUCAAUGAAAUGAAGGGAAUCAUUUACAUUUCUUAUAUAACCCUUAUAUAUAAGCACAAAAAGGGAGAAGGGUCAUAUUUAGUCCUUUACAAUUUCUGGAAAGUACCGUUGAAGCCUUUUUGGACAUAUUUCAGGUAAAGUUUGAGGUGGAUUUUUGGCUUCUUAACUCCUGUGGCCCUCUUGUGCUUGCCCAGGGAGCAAACAUGGCAGCUAAAUCUUUGGUGCCAGUUUCCAUGUGUUUCUCUAUUUUUCCACAGUCUUUUUUUUUUUAAAAAGGUUUCCACAUCACGUCUAUGUUCUAGGGAUAAACUGUAUACUAAAAGAGAUCCCUGCGGAGUCAGAUUCUGCCCACAGUUUACAGAACUGAUUGUGCCUCAGACAUCUUUUCUAGAUGCUGUGUCCUGGAAAACAAAGAUAGUAUUUCCAUAAAAGAGGCUAUCUUCUCGGAAUACAAAGGAAACCUAACCUCUUUUGAAGAACAUUUGGAUUUUAUUUGACUAAUAAGAUUGGCUCUUUUGUAUCAUCUAUAAUUAUAUUAAUAGAGGAAAAAGCCCUUCUGAAGAAAACAGUACAAAGGGAAGAUAUUUUAAUUGCAGAAAUACAGUUGCAGAACUAUGCAGAGGAAGCAGAAAAUUUUUCCUUAGCUCCUCUGACCUGGUUUCCAUGUUUCUUGUUCCUCUAACCUGGUUUCCUGGUUUCUUGUCCUCUAACCUGGUUUCCAUGUCAGGAGAAGCUGUGAUUUUGGUAGACUCAGAAAUUUCUGGCCCUUGCAUGCAUUUCAUGUACUCAUUUUAUUCAGUAGGUUCAGAUGAUACUAUAGGGAUUUGUAUCCCUUGGUUCAUUUAGAAGUCUAAGAUGCAGAAUUUAGAAAUAAAAUUACUCAAACCUAAUUUCUAGGACUUAAGCCAACAAUUCUAAAAUAUUUGUUUGUGUAAGUCUGUACAUAGUAAUGCCAACCUCAUUGUUCCAAGGGUUUUUUCCCGUGUGUUUGGGGUUUUGUUUGGAAUGAAAUGCUUCCUUUUAAUUUUGCCACUGCAUUUCAGAUUACUCAUGACUUUUUAUUGUGGUCAUUCUAUACCAUUAUGACCCAGAAAGUGGAAGGUUGGCGUUUGGAUUUUUUUGUUACUAGAGGUUCCUUUAUUCCUUUGUUCUAGUGACAGUAGUGAUGACUUCUUAGAUGCAGAAAGGAAGAGUGAAUGGAUAAGUGAAUAAUUGUUCAAAAGCAUAGUUAUUUCACUUCUUGAGUGCUUUUUUUUUUUCCAAGAAAAUUGUAAAUGUAUAUAUUUUAAUUGCACUGGUACAUUGAACAUACCAGUGUCCAUACCACUGGACCAACAGCAAUUUCUGGCUUUGGAGUGCCUGAUGAUAAUGUCUUGAUUUUCCUUUGGGACUUAACUAUAUAGGGUUUUUCCCAGCAAUAGGAGGAGUACAAGUGAUUGAUCAUUGAUGUCAUUGCAAUUGUUAUUUUUUAAAAUAAAUUUAUAAAAACAUUAAGAAGUGAUUUGAA